ACAGUGAAUUUUUCUAAAAGUUUUUAUUCAGUUUUGGAAAACAAUAACAACGUUUCAAUUGAAGUAAUCCUUCAUGGUAACAUUACGUUCGACAUAACUGUCAAUCUAGUUACAAAGAAUGGCUCUGCCGAAGAAGGUGUGCAUUACAGAAAUCCAACAACUAACUCCAUAACAUUUAAACCAUCUCAACAAGAGAUUAAAGAGAUUAAAAUACCCGUCAUUAACAAUAACAUCAGUGAAUCUGAGAAAAACUUUAUAGUAAAAGUUGAGUCGUCCGAUCUGAAUGUAGUCAGCAACGAAUCAGCCACCAUCUGGAUAUUGAAAUAUGAUCUUUUCACUGAGUGGAGUGGCUGGAGUAAUUGCAUUUGUGGUGUCAGAAAUAGAACCUGCCGCUAUCAUUGGGCAGUAGGAGAUUGCUUUGGAAAGCUCAUGGAAACAGAACCAUGUGAUAUUUCUUUUUGUUCUGAUGAUAAUAAAGAGUGGCCAAACAAGGAAGGGUGCAAUGUUACAUGUAUGACUCCCGUUGAGACAAAAAAUUGUUUGAACACUACUCAAUACUCUUCCAACCUUCCAGUGAAAUGUCCGUUUCGACAUUGUCCAGUCGAUGGUUGUUACAAAGAAUGGGGGAAAUGGUCACAAUGUAGUAAGACAUGUGGAAGUGGAAAAACCCAUCGUACUAGACAAUGUAGUGAACCUCUGUAUGGUGGGAAAAACUGCCAUGGUGAUAUUUUCUAUGAAGAAAAAAUAUGUACAAACCCAGUUAUUUGUCCUGACGAGUUUAAUUUUACAUCAUGGAGUGAAUGGAGCAUAUGUAAUGUAUCUUGCAACUUUGGACAAAGAAUACGUACUCGAGUGUGCAAAGAAGAAAGUAGUAAAUUUUGUAAAGGAAGAACUAAUCAAACCGAAACAUGUAAUGCAGGCCCAUGUCCUCAAAAUGGUAAUUGGAGCACUUGGUCAGAGUGGCCAUAUUGUCCAGGUUCUUGUGGAAGUGCAAUUUUGAAUCGAUCACGAACAUGCAAUAACCCUCCUCCUAAACACGGCGGAAAUAAUUGUUCUGGUGCAGCAACUGAAGAAAUGGCCUGCAACCAUACAAAGCCUUGUACAAAUGAAAGUGGGUUUACUGAAUGGAGUACGUGGUCGCUUUGCAGUAAAACGUGCGAUAAUGGCGAACAAGUUCGAGAGAGAAAUUGUAGACCUGGUCAAGACAUGUAUUGCACUCUUGAAAGUUUGCAAAGAAAACAGUGCUUUGAAAAAGCGUGCCCAGUGAACGGUGGUUGGUCACAAUGGGGUGAGUGGAGUCGUUGUAGUUCCUCAUGUGGUUCAGGUGUAAAAUAUCGCGUGAGGUUAUGUAACAGUCCUAAACCCGACAACGAUGGCCUUAAAUGCUAUGGAAAAAACAGAGAAGAAGAAUCGUGUGUUAUGCCUGAACUAUGCAAAGUGGAUCAUUUUUACACUUCAUGGGGAAAUUGGAGUGCGUGUAACGCCACUUGUGGUUAUGGUACUAAACAGAGAUUGAGAAAAUGUACUUUUCUGCCUAAAUACCCACCUGAAAAUCCUAAUCCAAUAUGUAUAUCACCAGAAAAAGAUUAUCAAUAUUUGAGCUGCUAUGAUAAGUCAUGUAAAAUUGAUGGCAAUUUUAGCCAUUGGUCAUUCUGGUCAUUGUGUAGUGUAACGUGUGGAGGAGGUAUACGCAGAAGGAAACGAAUGUGCGAUCAUCCUUCUCCAAAAUAUGGCGGAAAAGAUUGUCCCGGAAAAAGAUUGGAUGUGCAAGAUUGUAACGCAAGUAAAACCUGUCCAGAUGACGAUUCGUACAAACCUUGGACUUCCUGGUCAAACUGUUCACGUGGCUGCGAGGGAACUACGACGAGGAAACGUGAUUGUAAAGAAAACUGUUCAAUUUCUCAAAAUCAGACCAAAGAAUGCAACACUGAACUGUGUGUUGUUAAUGGUAGCUGGUCAGAAUGGACAAGUUGGUCAUUGUGUGAUCUGAAUAAAUGUGGCGAACAAAGCGAGCGUAGAAAUCGAGUUUGCGACGAUCCUAAACCACAAGCUGGAGGAGAGCAGUGUAUGGGUGAUGAUUUUGAGACGAUGCCAUGUCGAUAUGGACAACCUCGACCAUGUAAUAAAAAAAUUACCCGCGCUGGUUGGACGGAUUGGUCUUGGUGGAAAAUUUGCUCAAAGAGUUGUGGCAAAGGAGUAGAAUCAAGAUAUCGCAGAUGUAUCAACCCACCACCAACAUCUGGAGGUUUGAAAUGUUCUGGCAAAUCGAAUGAAACAAAAUUUUGCAAUGAUUGUCCUUGCCCAGUUGAUGGUGUAUACUCCGAAUGGUCGAAUUGGACAGCGUGUUCGCAAACGUGUGCAAAUGGUACAAGAAAUCGCAGUAGAACAUGCACACCUCCGAUGCACAAAGGAAGGAAAUGUCAAGGCGCAAACUUUACGAGGGAGAAUUGUAAUCCUAAUCCAUGUCCGAUUCAUGGUAAUUGGUCAUCUUGGUCAAGCUGGUCUUUUUGUAAUAAACCGUGUAAUAACGGUUCUUCCGAAAGAACUCGUUCUUGUACUAACCCAGCACCGAAAUAUGGUGGCAAAAAUUGCUCUUGUGAUGAAACUUCUGGAAGUAACAAUUAUGGAGACUGUUUUAAAGAAGUUGACUAUUGUAACGAAUUGACAUGUCCCCCUGUGUUGGUACGGGUUGAAACAGUUGUUCGCAAUGUUACAUCAUCCGAUUCUAAUUUUAAGAAAGAAUUUGCGUCAUAUAUCGUGGAAUCAUAUGGAAAUGUUACUCCUGUGGUCGGAUAUUAUAAUCUCACCCUUGAAGACAAUACAGCGUAUUUUGUCGUUACUGUUGGGUUUAACUUCUCAGAUGGAGAUCAGCUGCCAAUUCUUCGGGAUAUUUUGGAUCAUACACUUCACGGCUACUGGAAUAUUAGUUUAAUGUCCAUGAAGUCUGAUGUUGUGUAUUCAAACGAGCUGCAAAUAACAACCGAGUCUCUAACUUCAACCAGCAUCCGUGUUACCUGGACUUUGUCCGAAAAAACGGAGAUAGUAGAAGGAAUUAUGAUCUUUCAUAGAACGAUGGAUGGACAUGCGUCAUUUGUUCCUAGUUCACAACCUCCGUCGUAUCAGGGAAAUUUCACAAUAGAAAAUCUCAAAAAAUACACCAAUUACAAAAUAACAGUUUCUCCGGCUACAAAAAAUGGCACAGGAAUACCAAGUAAUUUUUCUACGUUGAGGACGUUAGAAGAUAAGCCUAGCAGAGCUCCAGAAAUACAAGUUCAUUCUCCAAAUACAUCAUCACUAAUUAUUUCGUGGAAUCGUGUUAACAGCGAGUAUUUGCACGGCAUACAUCGCGGUUAUUGUAUUUAUCAUAAUAAUGAAAUGAUACACAUAAAUAAUACUUCUGUACAAAUGAAAUUAUUGGAAGGUUUUAGACCUUACUCAAAACACACGAUUCAAAUAGCUGCUAAAACAUCUCCUGGUUGUGGAAUAUUUACUCCAAUGGAAACAUACUUCACCGCUGAAAGUAAACCAGAUGGGCCACCAAACAACGUCUCAGCCUGGAAUGAAAGCUCUACAAGCGUGAAAGUAAGCUGGCAGGAGGUUGACCCAAAACUCAGAAAUGGUAUUAUAAUUGGCUACAAUAUAACGUACAACUCUUCUCGUGGUCCUAGUGGAAAUAUAAUUCUUAAUUCAUCAAAAAUAUUUCAUCUUGUCAUUGAAAAUUUGUCUGAAUGGACAUGGUACACUGUCUCCGUCUCUGCCUAUAAUAAAAUUGAUCAUGGACCGUCGUUUUCAGUUGAUGUGAGAACCGACGAAGGAACUCCUCGCGAUCCUCCCGACGUUUUUGAGGCAAGAAACUCUAGUUCAUCAAGUAUCUAUCUGAGAUGGCGUUCUCUUAAUAAUUCUGUUAAAAAUGGAGUAUUUUUGGGCUACGAAGUUACUUACAUCCCGUUGAAUUAUAAACAUGCGAAAAGCGAGACGAUACGUUUAAAAGAAACGGAAUACAACAUUACUGGCCUUUUUUAUUAUUGGCAAUAUAAAAUUUCAGUUGGAGGAUACACAAGAUUUGGAGUUGGAAAACAAGCAGUGCUAACAAUUCGUACGGAUGAACACAUUCCAAGACGCUCUCCUGAAAAUGUCCGUGCCGAGGUAGAAACCUCGACUAGUAUCUAUGUAGAUUGGGCAAACGUUACUUCCAACUUCGUUCAUGGAAUACUGCUGGGUUAUAAUGUCGCAAUUCAGAGAACAAAGGAUGAGUCAACACGCUAUGUGGAUGCUCCUCCCGGUGAAAAGGAUAGACCCAUCUAUGUGACAAAUUUGAAAAAGUACACGGAGUAUACAAUUUGGGUGCGUGCAAGAAAUUCGAAAGGCAUAGGUCAAUUGAAUUCUCCCGAUGGUUUUCGAUUGAGAACUAAGGAAGAUGCACCGGAUGCAGCACCUUCCAAUAUCAGAGUUUCAUCCAUGGUAUCCAUUUCAGUUAUAAAAUUACAAUGGGAUAAAAUCCCCGAGGAUAAAGCAAACGGUAUAAUACGUGGAUACUAUAUUGAAUACACAGCAACCAAUCUAAAUGGUCAAAAUGUGGAAUUAAAUGAAAGGGUGACGAAGACAGUCCGUGUCAGAGGCAAUCGCGAUUCAAUAGACUUAGAAAAUCUUACACCUGGAUCAUCUUAUGAUAUCACAAUAUUUGGCUACACAAUUAAAAACGGAACAAAAAAUGGUCAUGGUAAGAGUAAACCUUGUUACCGUCCGGGCUGCAAUCAACCGUCUUCUCGAAGACGUCGAGCAAUCGACUCGUACCAUCAAGAAAGUUUUCAGAAUUUUUUGAAUAAUAUCAAUGACGAUGUAGACGUCAGUUUUCCUGUUCAAGGAAAUAAGUAUUUGACACAUCAUGGUGGUAUUCAGCCAUAUGUUUCAGUCGUAGAAAGUACUGGAUCAGUUUAUUUUACUGUCAAAAAAACCCCAUCAACUGCUCAUGUUAUUGUGAACGCUGCGGUUGAGUCCAUUCCAUUGUUACUUUUUCUGCUUUUAUCAAUUCUUGCCGGUAUGAUCAUUUGGAUAUUGGAGCGUUCUUCAAAUCCUUACAGUUUUCCAUUGUCAUUCGUGAAAGGAGUAAAGGAAGGAUUUUGGUGGGCUUUUAUUUCAGCCAGCACUGUCGGUUAUGGUGAUAGACGGCCAGUUACAAUACCUGGUAAGCUUUUUGCCAUAAUCUGGAUAUUAAUUGGUAACGUCAUUAUCACAUUACUCACCAGUUGGAUGGUCAAUUCGAUUACUUUGGUCCUUGUUGAACAGCGUUACUCUAUUUACGGUUCAAAGAUUGCAGUUGUAGAAAAUUCGACUGAGUACGGUCGUGCAGUGCGGAAAAAUGGCCUGGUGGUAGGAUAUCCUAAUGUGGACAAAGUUAUUGAAGCAUUGAAGAAAGCUAAAGUAGACGGUGCAUUGCUGGAUAUGUAUGCUGCAGCGACAAGAAAAGAUUUGUUUAGUAGUGGUGAGAUCAAAUUGAAUAGACAGGUCCAAUAUCCAUCUGGAUAUGGUAUUGUUUUAUCGGGAAGAAUGAAAGAGUCAGCGCCAAUGAUAAGGGAAUGGUUUAAAGCAAAAGCUAGUGAAUUAUUUGAAAUCAUUCAAAAUAACACUGAUGUAAUAACUCAGAAAAACAACAGAGUAAAAGAAGUGGCGUCGAUAAAAUCCGGUUUAUUUGAUGUGUCAUCUCGAGCUUUUCGAUUGAGUAUUGUCAUUAUAUUUUCAAUGCUUGCGUUCUGUUUCUUGGCUGGAUUGUAUUGGCAAUACAAAUACCACUACAAGGCUUCAAAGCUCCGACUUCAACUACAAAGUGAAGCACCUUCUUAUCCCAAGUACAAAAUAUUGCGAGAGGAUUUCAAACGAUUACAUGAAGAGGAAUUAAAAGAUCUUAAGAACAGAUUAAUCAUGUUAAAGGCAAAGCAUAUGAAAGAACUGAAGCUCUUAACCAAACUUAAAAAGGAAUCAGUUCACUCUUUGCCCACAUCCUCACAGAAUAAACAAGUGUCUGGAAGCGUCAGCUUUGUACGAAGUACACUUCGUCUUCCUCGUUGUUCUGCUUCCGUUGCACCAAUUUCAAACUCACAAACCAACAUUGCGUUGAAAGUUAUGGACUUAGAUGAAGGACAUGGUGCAAAUAAACUGUCCGAAGAUUCUGAGGUUUAAUGAGUGCUGUUUUGAUCUUCAUGCAAAAUUGAAUGUUUUAUAGUCUGAACUUUGUUACCUGUAGUUUUAGUGUUUAUAGUAAAUGUCGUACUGCAUGUUGUAGUUUAAAAAAGAUGACUUUGUCUAUAAUGAUGAAACCUAAUAUAGGUAAAACUAUAUGUAUUUAAUUUCUGGUUUCUUUACCUUUAAAAUUAGAUUUAGCCUACAUAAUUCGAUUUAAAAUCUAAUACAGCUGUCAGUCUAAA